GGCAGUGGUCUUUUAUUUUGUAAUGCUGUCAGCUGGAGAGGACACUGUGCGGAAGUCUUUUGGUCGCAGCAGCAGAAGAGGUGGAAAGUUUUCUGGCGGUUGGCUCGAUCCGCUGCGGCAGAAGCUUCUGACGCUGGAAACUGAGUCUUGAUCCCCGCAGACAGCAGCCGCCGAAGCCCCGGUGAUGGCGAGGCCGAGCCACAGCGAUCACGUCCUCCAGCAGCUCAACAAUCAGCGGGAGUGGGGCUUCCUGUGCGACUGCCUCAUCGCCAUCGGCGACAUCUACUUCAGGGCGCACAAAGCUGUGCUGGCGGCGUGCAGCUCCUACUUCAGGAUGAUGUUUAUCAGAGACCAGCAGGGGGCAGGGCGCCUGGACCUGAGUAACAUGCAGAUCAGCGCCGAGUGCUUCGACCUGAUCCUGCAGCUCAUGUACCUGGGCCGCAUCGUGGUGGGGAGCUAUGAGUUUGAGGAGCUCAAAGCCUCCAUGGCAUACCUGCAGAUGUACUACAUCCCUGAUUCGCUGGAGGACCUCAGAGAUAUCAGGAGCUCCAACCUCACACCAUCCUCCUCAUCCACUUCCUCCACCAGCACCACUGGCGGGAAAAUGAUGUUUGGGGUCCGUAUGUAUGAGCAGCAGAGGCCCGUGGCACCGGAUGUGGAGCUGUUGCCGAAAGAUAUCGGCGGUGGCACCGUGCGUCCGGCUGUUUCAGUUUCCAUCAGUAGACCAGUGGCAGUAGAGGACAUGGUGGCAAACACGCCUGUGGUAGCGACAGCGGUGGUGGUAGAUGGAGCUCUCGAGCAGCCGUGCGACUUGAGAAAGAGAUCUGGUGGCAGGAGUUCAGCGCUCAAAGAUCGGCCCCGUUUUGGGCGUACGUACACUUGCGAUGACUGUGGCUUUGUUUUCAGCUGCGAAAAGCUUCUGAUUGAACAUAUCCUGACGUGCACAAACAGGAAAGCUUACCACGCUCCAAGAAGCAGUGGCGAGGGCGAUAACGAUUCCAGUAAAGCUGAGAGCUCCACCUCGGACAGCAUUGACGAGCACAGGGUCAUGUGCAAGGGUGAGGACGACUGGCCCGAGGCCAAGCUGGACAGCGAACUCGCCAUCGGGUCCAUCGCUACUGGAAGAGACACUGAAGCCGGGUUUAGCACGAGCAUUAAGGCGGAGCCAGAGGAAAGCUUGUACCCCGAGAUCGAGGUGGUCCGAGUUGGUGAACACAUUUCCAGAAACUGUAGCGGGAGGUUCAGUGAAAUCACGUGUAAGGACUCGUUGAGGGAGAAGACGGCACUGCAACGGGAGCCGGAGCCUGGCAUGUCGGCUAUAGACAACAGCAGUAAGGCCUCAACCACACCUGCCAAGCUUCGUAAGAUCAAAGAUGAAAAACAGGAAGCUGACUGUGCCCCUUGUGAACUGUGCGGCACCCGACUAACAGAGGAGGACAGGUCCUCCCACUACCUGUCCAACCACAUGGGUCACAUUUGUGCAUGUGGGAGGUGUGGCCAAGUGCUGAUUAAAGGCCGACAGCUUCAGGAGCACGCCGAGCGCUGUGGUGAGUCCCACGGCGGCGAGUCGGACUCCCAUGGGGAGGACGACGUGUCUCUGCUGGAGGAUCCUCAGGGUAUGGAGGAGGGACUACUGGAAGUGAACGACCUGGCCUGCCCUCACUGUGGCCUGCUGUUCCAAAAUGAGGGCCUGGCACUGGAGCAUGCCUUGGCGUGCCAUGACCAGGAGCUGUUCCGUCCGGUGCUGGUGGAGGAGGGUAGUGACCCUGAUCAUCGCCGUAAACAUUUCUGUAGCAUCUGUGGCAAAGGCUUCUACCAGCGCUGCCACCUCCGCGAGCACUACACGGUCCACACCAAGCAGAAGCAGUUCACCUGCCAGACCUGCGGGAAGCAGUUCCUACGUGAGCGCCAGCUACGCCUACACACUGACAUGCACAAAGGCAUGGCACGCUACGUGUGCCCCGUGUGCGACCAGGGAACCUUCCUUAAACACGACCACGUGCGGCACAUGAUCUCCCACCUGUCGGCGGGUGAAACCAUCUGCCAGGUGUGUUUUCAGAUCUUCCCUGGUGGGGACCAGCUGGAGAAGCACAUGGACGUUCAUCUAUACAUCUGUGGCGUCUGUGGGGAAAAGUUCCGCCUUCGCAAGGACAUGAGGAGUCACUAUAACGCCAAACACACCAAGCGGCUAUAGGAGCAUUUAUGCUAACAUGUUACUGUUGAAGCCAUAACUGUGAGAACA